GACACAACCCGGGACUCUUCUUCUCCAAACAUCCAUCCAGCCUCGUCGCCGGCGACCUCACCCGCCGUCGCCGCCGAAGAUGCCGGUGAGGGUGGUCGACACCGCCACCCCUUCGUCGCAGCCUUCUUCAGGUCAAGAUACAAAUGCUGCGCAGCCUUCUGCUCCUAGCUGUUCACUCUUAACUGCUGGAAGAUGUUUCGCAGGAACUCAGAAUGUUUCAAGUCUGCAGAAAGAUGAAGCAUGGAAAGUCAAUGUGCGUAUCCAUGGCUGUGAUCUCGAACAGGGGUAUUUAUGUGGAACGAUGGAAGCUCUUAAUGUCCCCUUAGCUGAUACACCUGUGGUGACAUUUUGGGAGGGGGAGAUAGUUGAUGCUAAAAACUAUACAUUUUUCACUGGCAAGUGGGAAGCAUCAGCAGAGGAUGAUGUAAGGCACUGGUCCAAGUUCGAAUCAUUUACCCCUCUUCUGAGUCAGAUUGAGACAGAUGGUGGCAAAUCUAUGGACCUUAGCAACUAUCCUCAUAUAUUUAUGAGAUGGAAAGAGCAGUACUUUGUGAAUGUUGGAGUGGACUGUGGGUUGACCAUAGCGGGUUUCUACUACGUCUGCUUUUCUUGUAAAGAUGGAUCCAUCAGUGGCUUUUAUUACGACCCAAACAGCAGUCCAUUUCAGAAGCUUGAGUUGAAGUGUACCAAUGAGAAACAAUCUGGGUUUACCUUUUCUUCUUAUGAGCUGCAGUGACAAUGUAUUAAUCUAGUAUCUGAAGUGGCAGGGUUUACACUGGCGCCUUUCUGCACUUGCCCAUAUGAACAUAUACCGUGUGUGUAGUGAAACCCAGUCCCUAAUGGUCCAGUAAAGAGAUGAUAUGUCAUGUAUGUAUGGCUGUACCAGUGAAUGUUGUGAGAUCAAACAAUUAUGUAACUUAUCUUUUUCCAAUCUCAAUGUUCUAAAAGUGAGUUAUCAAUUUUGUCA